UGUUUGUAUCAUUUUUUUCCCAAACUUUUAAUGCUUACAGCUAUCAAAAAAAGAGAGAAAAGAGGAAAGAAACACAGACAACAAAGUGGAAGAGAGAGAAAUGUUUGAAGCAGAGCAAUUCCACCAAUUCAUAGCAUCUCCAAGAAGUUCAUCAUCACUACCUGUCCCUCCUCCUCCUCUUCACCAUAGCAAUGCUUUCACUUCUCCAUUUCUUCACUACCCACAACAUCAACAAUCCCCAACCCAAAAGAUCAUUGAAGAAAACAACAAUUGUGUAGUUGUGGAUUACUUGGAGAGUAGUACUACUGGUAGUAUCCAAAGAGAUAGAUUGGCACCUGAUCAGUUGGUUGAUUCAUGGUCUAAUGAUGAACUUCUUUCACUAUUCAGGAUUAGAUCUAGCUUGGAAAAUUGGUCCCCUGAAUUCACUUGGGAACUUGUGUCAAGGAAGCUUGCAGAGCUUGGGUUCAAAAGAAGUGCUGCCAAGUGCAAGGAGAAAUUUGAAGAAGAAAGCAGCAGGUACUUGAACAACUUUAGUUACAACAAGAGUACUACUUCUUACAUGGUUUUUAGUGAACUCCAAGAGCUUUAUAAGCCAAAUCCAGAAGAACAAGAAGGAGGAGAAGAAGAAGAUUCAAGAACUAACGAUGAAUUAUCAGCAGAUCAUCCAAUAAUUAACAGUAAUGAACAAGAGGAAGCAGUGAUGUUUGUUGAAAAGUCAAAUAAUAAGAAGAGAAAAAGACAGAAGAAGAAGAAGAAGAAGAAUGAGGAGAAGUUUGAGAUGUUCAAGUCAUUAUGUGAAGAUGUUGUGAACAAGUUGAUGACUCAACAAGAGGAGCUGCAAAACAAGAUAAUUGAAGAUAUGGUCAAAAGAGAUGAAGAGAAAGUUGCAAGGGAAGAAGCAUUGAAGAAGCAAGAGAUGGAUAGGAUUCAAAAGGAGCUUGAAUUUAGGGCACAAGAACAAGUUAUUGCAAGUGAUAGACAAGCUUCACUAAUCAACUACUUGAAAAUAUUCACAUCAACAACUACUCCUUGUGAUCUUGUUAAUUAUAAGGUACAAAACCCUAACCCUACUAUAAUUACCAAAGAGAACCCAAUUCCUCCCACUUCAUUAGAGGAUGAUUUAGCACCUCCUCAAAACCCUAAUUCAGCAUCAACAAGCAAGAAAUCUAGAUUAAGUAGUGAUGAUUAUAAAGAAGAUAUUGGGAAGAGAUGGCCAAGAGAGGAGGUGUUAGCUUUGAUAAACUUGAGAUGCAAUCUUUGUGAUACUAAUCGUCAUCAUCAUCAAGACAAUAUUAAGGAAGGAGGAGGAGGAGGAGGAGGCGGAGGAGGAGGAGGAUUAUUGAAGGCUCCAUUGUGGGAGAGAAUCUCACAAGGGAUGUUGGAUUUGGGAUACAAGAGGAGUGCUAAGAGGUGCAAAGAGAAAUGGGAGAAUAUUAAUAAGUAUUUUAGGAAAACUAAGGAUGUUAACAGGAAGAGGUCACUUGACUCUAGGACUUGUCAUUAUUUUCAACAAUUAAGCACCUUGUAUACACAGGGGAAACUUGUACCACCACCCUCCGCUUUGCCGGAAAACCCACAGGUCGAUUCGUCUCAAAACGGGUCGGAUAAUUCGACAAUGGAUGGUGUUGUGGAAGGUGAGAAAAAUAUGGUUCAAGUCGUACCUCCAGUUGCUGCUGCUGCUGCUUCUUCUUUUGAAUUUGCAUUCUAGUUUUGUACUUGAAUUUAAUUUCUGUGUUUUUUAAUUUAUUAUUGAUCUGGACAUUAUUAAAUUAUAAUAUUAGCAAAUAUUUCUAUGA